AUGGUGUUAUUCAGAGGCUCUGUCUUCCUUUUAGUCCUUUACCUGCUGCAGGGGUCCAAUACUUCCUUUGUUCGGCUGAAUGACAAUGGCUAUGAAGGCAUUGUUAUUGCUAUAGACUCUGGUGUACCAGAAAAUGAAACACUACUUGAACAUAUACAGGACAUGGUGACUAAAGCUUCUACUUACCUGUUUGCGGCCACAGAGAAGAGAUUUUUUUUCAAAAAUGUAUCAAUAUUAAUUCCUGACACUUGGAAGGAAAACACUCGGUACCAGAGACCAAAACAUGAAAGCUAUGAACACGCUGAUGUUUUAGUUGCACCACCUACAAUACCAGGUAGAGAUGAACCAUACACCAAGCAGUUCAGACCUUGUGGAGAAAGAGGAGAAAACAUUCAUCUCACCCCUGGCUUUGUACUUGGGGAAAAACAAAAGGAAUAUGGACCAACAGGUAGACUGUUUGUCCAUGAGUGGGCCCAUCUCCGCUGGGGAGUGUUUGAUGAGUACAAUGAAAAGAAGCCUUACUACCGUGCUGCAUCAAAAAAAAUUGAAGCAACAAGGUGUUCCAAGGGUAUUACUGGUGUGAACAGAGUUUAUAAGUGUCAAGGAAACAGUUGUGUACCUAGGCCAUGCAGAUUUGAUUCUAAGACAAAACUGUAUGAAAAAGAUUGUCAAUUCUUCCCUGAUAAACAACAAAUUGAAAAGACAUCCAUAAUGUUUAUGCAAGGCAUUGACUCUGUUGUUGAAUUCUGUAAUGAAAAAAACCAUAACCGAGAAGCUCCAAGUCUACAAAAUGAAAAGUGCAAUUACAGAAGCACCUGGGAGAUAAUCCGCAAUUCUGAGGACUUAAAAAACACCAGGCCUAUGGCGGAAUCACCCCCUUCCCCUGUCUUCUCUUUGCUGAGGGUCAGAGAAAGAACUCUGUGCUUCGUCCUUGAUAAGUCUGGAAGCAUGAGGAGUGCCGAUCGACUAAAUCGAAUGAAUCAAGCAGCAAAAUUCCUGCUGCAGAUUAUUGGAGAUGGAACCUGGGUGGGGAUGGUGCACUUUGAUAGUUCUGCCUCCAUUAAAAGUCAGCUGGUCCAAAUAAUAAGCACCAAGGAAAGAGACAAGCUCUCGAAUCUCUUGCCUACAGUUGCUAGUGGGGGAACUGAUGUCUGCACUGGAGUAAGAUCAGCAUUUCAGGUAAUUAAACAGAACAACUCCCAUACAGACGGAUCUGAAAUAGUGCUGCUGACCGACGGGGAGGACAGCUCUGCAGGGACAUGUAUUGAUGAGGUGAAAGAAAGUGGAGCCAUCAUUCAUUUUAUUGCUCUGGGACCAUCUGCUGAUAAAGCAAUCACACAGAUGAGCAAUAUAACAGGAGGAAAAUAUUUUUAUGCCUCAGAUCAAGCUGUGAACAAUGGCCUCAUUGAUGCAUUUGGGGCCCUUGCAUCAGGAAACACCGCCACUUCCCAGAAGCCUCUUCAGCUUGAAAGUAAGGGAUUAACGCUCAGCAAUAACACCUGGAUGAAUGGAACUGUAAUAAUUGAUAGCACUGUGGGAAAGGACACGUUCUUUCUUGUCACGUGGAAAAGUCAGCCUCCAAUGAUUUCUCUGUGGGAUCCCAGUGGAACAUCAAUGGGAAAUUUCACAGAAGACCCAGCCUCCAAAAUGGCCUAUCUCAGUGUUCCAGGAAUUGCAAAGGUGGGUGUUUGGACUUACAGUCUUCAAGCCAGAACGAACCCAGAAACAUUAACUAUAACAGUUAAUUCUCGGGCAGCAAACUCUUCUGUGCCUCCAAUCACAGUGAAUGCUAAGAUGAAUAAAGACACAAACAGCUUCCCCAGCCCAAUGGUUGUUUAUGCAGAAAUUCUCCAAGGGAAUAUACCCAUUCUUGGAGCCAACGUGACUGCGUUCAUUGAAUCAGAGAGCGGAAAAACGGAAGUUUUAGAACUUUUGGAUAAUGGUGCAGGUGCCGAUACUUUCAAGAAUGAUGGGGUCUACUCCAGAUAUUUUACCACUUAUUCAGAAAAUGGCAGAUAUAACUUAAAAGUCCGGGCUCAUGGAGGAGCAAGCACUGCCACACGAAACUUAAGGCAUCCACCAAACAGAGCCGCAUAUAUACCAGGCUGGGUAGUGGAUGGGAAAAUUGAAACAAAUCCACCAAGACCUGAAAUUGAUGAGGACACUCAAACACACAUGGAGAGUUUCACCAGAACAGCAUCUGGAGGUGCAUUUAUGGUUUCAAAUGUUACAAAUUCCUUGCUCGAUCUAUACCCACCAAGUCAAAUCACAGACCUUGAGGCCACACUUGAUGCAGAUGUGAUCCAGCUGACAUGGACAGCACCAGGAGAUGAUUUCGAUGUUGGGAAAGUUGAACAGUACAUCAUAAGAAUAAGUGAAAGCAUCCUGGAACUAAGAGACAAUUUUGAUAACGCUCUGCAAGUAAACACUAAUGAUCUGUUACCAAAUGAGGCCAACUCUAAGCAAAACUUUGCAUUUAAACCAGGAAGUAUCUCAGAAGAAAAUGCAACCCACGUAUUCAUUGCCAUUCAAAGUGUGGAUAAAAGCAAUUUGACAUCAAGAGUAUCCAACAUUGCACAAGUAGCUUUGUUUAUUCCUCAGGCAGAUCCUGAUGAAAUUCAUCCAAAUCAUCCUAAUUCUGGAAUUAACAUUUCUUUUUUGGUGUUGUCAGUGGUUGGCUCCGUAGUAAUUGUUAGUAUUAUUUUAAGUGUCACCAUUUGUAUCUUCAACAAGAAAAGAAAUUCAAGCAGACCUAGAACAGGGUUUUAG